AUGGCUGGUCCUACUCGGGAAGAAGAGAGACACUUACGACCAACGCAAGAGCAUGUUCCACUUAAUGGUUUCAACGCGCAGGAAGUUACUACCUAUCUUAAUAAUACUUGGAAUGAAGUACUUGCUAGACAUUAUGAUAUUAAUCUUUCUGAAGCUGAAAAACCAGAACUUUAUAGUCCUCCGGUCAAUAAACCUGCUUGGGGGCAACGAGCAAACCUAAUGGUAAACGGCAACGACUUUCUCACUGAACUCCGGAAAUCAUUUCAAGUCACAGCGAAUCACAAUACACAGCAGCCGGCGGCGACAGCCAAGUAA